UUUGACACUUGCCAGCGUAUACACUGCCCACGUUAUUUACGUGUGUUGAAGUUUAUGUAAUUUUAAUUUGUUGGUGGCACGGAAACAUAUUCAGCCCAAUGGCAAAUGAUGUUACGAAUAAUCUCAACAACUUGAACUUGGAGAAAUGUGACAGUGCCGGUAAAGAAGAUGACGAUAUUGUGAAUCCUUGGAACGUAGUUAGCAAAUCGGAAACUGGCGUCGAUUAUGACAAACUAAUUAGAAGAUUUGGAAGUUCAAAAAUAGAUGAUGAACUGAUAGCACGCUUCGAAAAGAUUACCGGCAGACCAGCUCAUCAUUUUUUACGGCGAGGAAUCUUUUUCUCACACCGUGACAUGCAUCAACUACUCAAUCUCUAUGAGGCUGGUAAGCCGUUUUAUUUGUACACCGGCAGGGGUCCAUCCUCCAAGGCAAUGCAUCUAGGUCACCUAGUACCGUUCAUCUUCACCAAGUGGCUGCAAGAUGUCUUUAAUGUGCCACUUGUCAUUCAACUUACUGAUGAUGAAAAAUUUCUGUGGAAGGACUUGAAAUUGGAAGAAGCAAUAAGUUUGGCCUUUGAAAAUGCUAAGGAUAUAAUUGCAUGUGGAUUUGAUGAAAAUAACACAUUCAUAUUUUCUGACUUGACUUUUGUUGGACAAUGCCCAGAGUUCUACCAGAAUGUUGUUCGUAUUGAGAAAUCUGUAACGUUCAAUCAGGUGAAGGGAAUUUUUGGUUUUGGGGACAGUGAUGUUAUCGGCAAAAUAAGUUUUCCGGCUUUUCAAGCUGCUCCAGCAUUUUCAACAUCUUUCCCAUUUAUAUUUGGGAAAUCUAAGCUACCAUGUCUCAUACCCUGUGCAAUAGAUCAGGAUCCAUACUUCCGAAUGACUCGUGAUGUUGCUCCUCGACUGGGAUAUAACAAACCUGCUCUUUUGCACUCAGUAUUCUUCCCAGCUUUGCAAGGUGCUCAGACAAAAAUGUCUGCAAGUGAUAGUAAUACAUCAAUUUUCCUCACAGACACCCCAAAAAUGAUCAAGAAUAAGGUGAACAAACAUGCCUUUUCUGGAGGUCAGGCCACUGUUGAAGAACAUCGUGAGAAAGGUGGAAAUUGCGACAUAGAUAUAUCUUACCAGUAUUUACGUUUCUUCCUUGAUGAUGAUGAAAAAUUAAAAAAAAUAAGAGAGGAUUAUACAAGUGGAGCCAUGUUGACUGGUGAACUGAAGAAGGAACUGAUAGAUGUGCUUCAGACUCUUGUAGCAGAACAUCAGGCACGCAGAGCACAGAUCACAGACGAAGUUGUUCAUCGGUUCAUGGCAUUACACCCUCUUGUUACUAAAAGUGCAACGUGAUACUUGCCUGAUUUAUGUUGAAAGUUAUAUUUAUUUUAUAUUUAUGUUGUUCAUUGCAUCAGUACUUCUUUUAAAUUUCCCUGUGAUAUUUACUUUACAAGUUUUAGACAGAAUGUGGGUAUGUGUGAUGUAUGAUAUGUUAUUUUGUGUGCAAUUUUUUUUUCUCAUUUACAAUUGUCUGUAAGAUAUAAACUUAACCAAAAAGUUGUGCUUGUUUUGUGCAGAUUCAGUACAGUUGUUACCUACCUGCAUUUACAAUAUUGAUGUCUUUCAGUUGUUGCAGUUCUAAAGCUUGGAAGCGUGAGAGCCAUACUAAGUAUAAUGUAGUGUGAGAUGAAUACUGUAACCCAUUUUGCGCUGUUGAUCAGCUUUACUACAUCCAGUAAUGGAAUGCUGUUUCACAUUUAUGAUAAAGCUAUACACACGCAUUACUGAUGAUCUUAACACUGCAUACCUUUGUAAUAAUUGUGAUAAAUAGGUGAAAAAGGUUAUGUUAAACUUUCUCUUUCUUUUCUCUUUUGGAGAAAUAGCAAAGAAAAGAUAAUUAUGCAGUCAAUUUUUGCUCUUUAUUGUCCUUACUCCUUGGAGAUUCGUCCUUACAUCUUGGAAAUUAAUGUUUGUUUGUGGUUUCUUCAGAUUCAUUGUCAAUUUUUUUCCUUUUGGGGCCUCCAACACCACAACCUGAGUUUUCUAGAAGCAAAAACCAAUAAAUUGAGGGAGUAACCAUUAUUCACCUACUAAAGGACAUACUGAGCAGAGACAAUUGCGUUGUAAGCAUUACUUGCUGCUGCUCAACUCCAUUUUUUGAGAAGUGUGAUCUAUCCUCAUGUAUAUAUUAAAACUUAUAUGUUGUUGAAUAGUCAUGUAAUCUGCGAAUAGUCUGUACCCAUAACAAUACUUGAAAGCAAUAAGGAUUAUUUGACUGCAAGUUGAUAAGAUGUUAUGGUAGACCACUGGGCAGUACAAAAAUUUCACUUUCCACAUCAUUUGCUUUGUUUUCCAAAAUGAUUUGAUAUGUGUACAGAUGAUGAUGCUGCAGUUUAAAUCAUGGUAUAGCAAGUACAUCAAAUUAAUUAUCUUUGUUGAUUAUGCACAGAAAGAAGCAUUACUGAUGCCAGAGAUUGCUACCAUAAAACAUUAAAUAAGAGAGUUUGACAUUCAGAUACAUGACUAUUUACCAACAUUAUGACUAUUCCAAGAUCUCUUAAACUCUCCUUGUUUUUAUUUAUUUUGUUAUAAGUGAUUAAGGAGAUUGGAGACUUAAGAACGUGCUUGCUAUUUCAGUUUGGUGAUGCUCCAUAGCAGCCUGUAUCAGGCUUAUGAAAAGUAUUUGUUGAAACAAGUGUUAUUGAGAUGAAAUAAGUCACAAAAUUGCAUUCUGUGGAAUACAUGAUUCCUAGUUAAUGUAAACUUUUGUCAAUACUGCCCGCAUCUCUAAUUUGCAAGUUGCAGAAGCUUUUGAAUUUUAUACAAGAACACAUUUUAAAAUUAAAUGUAAUUUGAAAGUAAA